AUGGAUCGGAACUGCAAAGUCCUUCUGGCCCCAUCCCCCCCACCACCAAGCCGUGUAAUACGAACGCCACAGCCGGAGCCAACGGCACGAAGCCCGAACGAGCCACAGCACACCUACAGCGCGGCGGUCAGCCAGCAGGAGCCGAGCAACGAGCCACCAAACGGCUCAGCCAAGCGGAAGCGAGACGUCGAGCUCGCCCAGCCAUCCCCUCUACUCCAGGGCAGCUCUCUCCCCCACAUCAUCACCUCCGUCCCAGACGUUCCCGCGAUGGCUAGCACUUUCUCCACCCCCGUCGAGCCCGCGCCCACCGAUGACUCGGCCGAACUCGCCAACGUCGAUGGCGUCGAACUAGAUGCUCAGUCCGAAAGUCUGUUCAUCAAUGAGGUCAGCGGGGAACUUGAAAACGACGAGCUGGAGAGUAACUCGGACAACGAACAUCAACGACUAACACCCAAGCGUCCCCUGAUCGAAGAAGAAGAAGAAGACGAUGAUGAUGAUGACCAAGACCAAGAAACUACUGAAAUCAAACACUCUCUCCAUAUUGAAGUCAGACUUCGUUCCAAUUCGACCAUCUUGUACGAUACUGUACGGCGGACGAUCGGACGAUACAUUACUGAUAAUUUUACUACACUGGAAACUCAUUCUUUUGUGCCUGGAUGGGAAGACAUCAAGUUCCUAGUGAAUGAAGUAUACAGUGUUUACUGUGCAGAAAGUGGCCAAGGGACGAGACUAGUGGCGAUCCAGGCGGUGAGUCUACAUAUCCAUGUUUACGAGCUGCCGGCGGAAGGGGAAGACAGGAUCGCGAUGCUCUGUGCCAAUCCGACCGACACCUCCGAGCUCGGCCACGAGCCCGAGCCCGACGACGAGGGCGGUGAUGUCGCGGCUUCUCGGAUCGAGCUGCCCGCGAACCGAUGCGAGGGGAUUUGGGAGAGUCUGAUCUACGAGGAAGGCUUGAAGACUAAGCUGCUCAACUACAUCUAUUCUUCGAUUAUCUUUGCCGAGCAAAACGUGAACCCGAACCUGAUAGCCUGGCAUCGAUUAGUUUUACUUCAUGGUCCACCAGGAACGGGGAAGACGUCGUUAUGCAAAGCACUUGCCCAGAAGGUGUCGAUCCGGCUAUCAGAAAUAUACCAGAAGACCGAGCUUGUCGAGAUCAAUUCCCACUCGCUGUUUUCUAAAUGGUUCAGUGAGAGCGGCAAGUUGGUCAACAGCCUGUUUACAAAGAUUGAGCAGAUCGCCGAGAACGCCGACGUCUUCGUCUUGGUUCUCAUCGAUGAAGUCGAAAGUCUUGCUGGUUCACGCUCCUCUGGGGCCUCAGGAAGUGAACCAAGCGAUGCCUUGCGGGCUGUGAAUUCAUUGCUGACGGCUUUGGAUAAGCUCAGACAUUAUAAGAACAUCUUGGUCCUGACUACUUCGAACUUAACAGGCUCAAUCGAUGAUGCGUUUCUGGAUCGAGCGGAUAUUAAGCAGUAUAUUGGAUUGCCCUCUCCUGAGGCGGUUUACUGGAUCCUACGCACAUGUUUGAAGGAGUUAGUGCAGACCAAAAUCCUGACAGCACGGAAAUUCUUAGAUUACAAGGAAGCAGUGAUGUCUGGUGACCAGUUGUCUGACUGGGCCCCAGCGAAUGCGGAUGAUCCUGGUUCGAGUCGAGCAGUCCGACGCUCCACAGGCGACAAUACCCAUCCAGGUGCUACUCAGCAAGCCAGCCUGGUUGGUUCCAAGCGGAUACGCGACGCGUCCUUGCGCUUGCUGGCUAUCGCAGAGGCAGCCAGUGGUAUGUCUGGUCGCUCGUUGAGACGCUUGCCCCUGCUGGCUCAUGCCAGGGUUGCUGUUGGCUGUAGAUCAUCCGGGGGGGAUCAUCAGCGGCUGGCCAUCGAUGCUUACCUCGAUGGGAUGCUGGCGGUGGUCCGAGAGCAUGCAGGCGGUGGCUGCUAA